CAGUGUGGGUUUAUAAAACAGCAGACGAGGGGGGGCAUCCCUACAAAGAGGGAGCCGGGAGGAGAAACGGCAGACGAGGAUAGGAAGAGUGACUGAGAGGAUAGAGAGCAUCUGAGAGAGAGGGUUCGCAUGCAGGACAGUGAUUAAACAGCAGGCAGACGUUGGACAGCUUUUUUUUUUUUUACUUCCACCACAACUGCUACAGCGGAGGAGAUGCUUAUGUGAGGAGAGCAACUGAUUGUGCAUAGAUAAAAAGCAGGAAUUAAUGAAUGGCUGCAUCUUAGAGUGUCUUAUUAUGGAUGACUCUAGGGAACCUACUGAAUAGAUCUCAGCACUGCAUCAUGGUUCAGCAAAGGACCCACAAAUACUCGUCAGUCAUGGAUGGCAAUUCUACCAGAGAGGUCUUCGUGGGACUGGCGGCAGAGGAUGAUGCUGAGGUGUUUGGACAUGUACCUUCUAACAAAGACCCCAACUGGUGCAAAACUCCAACUGGGCACAUUAAGAGACCAAUGAACGCUUUUAUGGUCUGGUCCCAGAUUGAGAGACGUAAGAUCAUGGAGCAGUGGCCUGACAUGCACAAUGCUGAGAUUUCAAAGCGCCUUGGAAAGCGCUGGAAACUACUGCCUGAUUAUGAGAAGAUACCCUUCAUCAAAGAGGCUGAAAGGUUGCGUCUAAAGCACAUGGCUGACUAUCCUGAUUACAAGUACCGGCCCAGGAAGAAGAGCAAGUGUUCCACUCCUGUGAAACUUGGAGAGAAGUUGCCUAUGAAAUCCAGCAAGUCCCAUUCAGGAAGAUCUACUGGGAUGUCCUGCAAAGGGCUAAAGAUCAAACCCGCUUCUACCAAGCCUAAAAUGAACUUUAAUGGCAAUAAAUAUAAGAGCUACAGUGAGAGCAUGAGUGAUGAUGACAUGAUGGAUGUAAACAUAGAAAGUCCAGUGACUCUGCAAGAUGAUCACAACCCGUCAAGUCACUUUGUCCUUCACCAGCAGGCUACCAUUCCCUCUGAGGACCAGCAACCAGUUCCUGAGCUCAGAGUGAAAGUGCCCAUCUCUCAAACCAGCAGCAUCCAGAGUCACUCCUCGGACAAUGAGUGCCAGGCACUCCCGGAGUGCACAACAAGCGAGCCACGAGGGUUGACGUCUGGAAGAUCCUCCACUCCAACCUCAACCAGCUCCUCUUUGGUGUCCUCAGCAUGUUCGGAUGAGGAAUUGGAUGAGGAACUCUUGCAUAUCAUUUCUAACAGUAUGCCUAUGGACUGCUCCACUCUGGACAAGGACUUCGAGGCAUUUCAUUCUAACUCAGGAUCGCAUUUUGACUUCCCAGAUUACUGCACUCCAGAGGUGAAUGAAAUGAUUUCUGGGGACUUGCUCGUGCCCAGCAUCUCAGACCUAGUGUUCACCUACUAAUGUCGAGCACUCUGUAAUGUGGUCAGGCCUGCAUAGCUGCCAAUUUGAAAAUAUUUUGUCCAUGUUGUACUUGGACAAUUCCUUUUUCCAUGUGUUUAUUUUCUCACUGAAUUCCAUAAGUGCUACUGCUUUCCUUUCCAAGCAUGUCACAUCUUGUUAGUUUAGCUAACAGACACACAGGGCUUUGCAGAGCUGUUCAGGACAGUAAGACAUUCCGAUUUUGUUUAGCUCUUCAGAGGCAGCUGGAUGUAGUUUUUAGACGUAUGAAAAUAUUUUUUACCAGCUGUCUUGAUAAAUGUCUUAAACUAAUUGCUAAGUACCUGAUGGGGAGCGGUUAGAAGCAAGGAUUUUUAUCAAUUUAAAGGGACAAUUCACCCAAAAAAAGAAAAUUCUGUCAUCAUUUACUCAUCUACAUGAAUUACUUUCUUCACAAAAUACAAAAGAAGAUACUUCGAAGAAUGUGUCAGCUGUUUUUGUCCACUAACUUCCAUUCUUCAAAAUAUCUUCUUUUGUGGUCUACAGAAGCCAGAAUGCCAUUAGUGUGAGGACAUGAUGACAAUUUUCAUUUUUUGGUGAACAAGCCCUUUAUUAUACAGCACUGUAAUUUUCAUCACUGCUCAUAAAAUUAACUCUUAAUCAUGAUUCAUUCAAAUGUGAUUUUCCCCAGAAGUUUCAAUGUGCAUAAAUAUAGAGGUUUGCUGACAGAUUUGGUGCAUUCAUAUUCUGAAACAAAAAUUAUGAAAAGGAAAGGAUGAGCGAAAUCAUUUAUUAAAACCUCCAGCACGUAAAGGUAAAGCAUCAGUAACCUUGCAGAGGAAAUCACUGCAGACACAUAAUUCAUAUCAUAUUUUUAAUUAGGUAAUAGCACUUUCAUCACCUUGUCAUUGCCGCAGACGUUAAUACACAUGUGAUUUAAAAGCAGCUCUGCAUCUGCCCUGCGUGCAGGUGUGUGUGUGUCAAUGUGUGCCUGAACUGUUUGGACUGUGGACAAAAGGGGGUUAAGGUUAGGGUUUGGGGGUUGGGAUUGGUUCUUUCAGGGAACUGUGCAUCUGUCCAUGCAGGCAGCAGCUUUUAUGUAGGGGUCGAACUCUGCGCUUACCGAGCGUCUGCCGGGGUGGGGAGGCGUGCGAGGGGGGGCUCCCACACCGGUUUGCUAAAAUGCAUGUCAUGUCUGCAGUCUGGCUGCAGCUGCCCCGAUCAGGGCGAGAAAUCUGUGUCUGCCAGCUGGCCCCCAUUGACUCUCUCAGGGAUCGUUUGUCUGGGUCCUAGUGCCUCCUGUAGGUAAUUCAUCUGUGAUGAUCUGUGUGUGAGCGUCUCUUUCUCUCCUGGAGAAACUAUCCAAAGCCAACCGAAGUGACAGAAUGCUCAGUAUACCGGAUAUACCGUAUACCCGAAUACCCACAUGCUCUUAUUAAUUUCAAUUCAGUUUGGCACCCAGGAGACCAGCAUUAUUUACCUCCCACCAACAGUUGUCAGAAAAUGGCAACAAACCCAUAUCUUACAUAAACUGAUUCUCGAUGUCCUGUGAAGAUGCAGAGGCAUGCUGUGCGAAGCGGAAGAACACAAAAGUAAAGGGACUUUAAACUCACUGUUUGGACUGCCUAAUGCCUACUUUUGUCACACUGACCACAGAGGUGUGAACAGACUCCAUCUUGUUGUGUUUCCUUAUUGUA